UUCGCUUCCGGGUUCACUGACAACGCUCACGCGGACGCGACGACCGUGUAACUGCCCAUGGAGUGAUCCAAGCUUACACAACAUGGUUUACACGUUCAUAAUCAACACUUUGUUGCCUGGAUCGAGUAAGAUCAUAUACUACAAGCACUUUGUUCCGUAUGACGUCGACAUUGUUGACGAGAGCACCACAGCAGCCGAGGUCCGAUCAGGCAGGCGAAAACAGCGACAACAAAUAGCUGAUAUGGUUCAUUCGGAAUACCAGUUCCGUAGAUCGCUGGCCAAUAGGUCUGUCGAAGAAGAUGUACUGAGACUUGGAAACGAUGACACCCUUCCCGAUUUAGAAACAGGCCAUAUAUUGUUGACUACUGAUUCCGAGCAGUUUGUCACGUGGAUGGGCGCAGGAUACACCGGAUUCGCGUUGGUUUGUGACACAACUGAAAAUCGGUUACUGGCGGAAUCGGUUCUGAGACUGCUGAUCCGUUACCUACAGGAGCACGUGCGCGUCCUCACCCAGCCGACCGACGUUGGACUGAGGACGGACAGGGUGGGGCUGGUUCUCAGCCGGUUCCUCCCUCAAGGGUCGCUGCUGUUCAUGAACAACAGGGUGGUGCGGCAGUUUGAGAAGGAACUGGAUACCCUGAUGAAAAGCUGAUGCUAUGUUUGAAGAGACGUGUGACUGGAUUUGCCAAGAGGACCUUUGAAUUUGCCCACAACUAUACAUUGUGUAGAACGUAUUCACCUAUGUGUAAAGACGUCAAUAAUAUCUCGGUAAUAUGUCGUCACUGAUUGUGUGAACUUAAGGUCUGUGUGUCUUCCAAACGUGCAAUAAAAUGUGUCUGAUUUU